CCUAUGUGUGAAGGUUUUCCGCGCUAUGUCAAGUAAAUUCUGUCUGUGAAAAAUUCCUUCGCUCUUCGCACCCAAAAGCCCGGGGAUUUGUGUGUUCCUGAUUAACUGAAACGCGUCGAAAGAAGGUGGGUCUAACCGUCGCCCGUGCAGCGCGCACCAUUAAAAGAGAGGAAAUGUGCAGCAAACAACCCGAUCCGUCGCCGUAGUUGCAGCUGUCUGGUGUGUCGUUUACAUCGGUGCGAUCACCCCACGUGUUUGAGGUUAGGUAUCGGUACUGCAGCCCGUUUGUGGGAUUGCGGCUGUGAAAAAGUGAGACGAACAUUCGUAACUGUCUUAUUGGUCGUCGUUGCUCAAGACAAAAAAGAACCGCUGCCAGAAGCCGACCCUACGAUCCCCCCGACGGACUAGUUGUCGGGUGUUACAUAAAAGACGGGAGAGAAAAGAAAGACGCAUAUUACACAGUGCGCUUCCUCGUACAUCGUCAGCACCACCAUGGCAGCUGCUAGUGACAAAAGCAUACGGGCUUCUUCGGCCGUGCUAACCGUUGCACUGAGAACUAAUUACGAUCUGCGACGCUGUUCAGCGGGCACCGAAUGGAACGAAGGUUUAGAAUAUCUACAAUACCUUCACGAAACGAAACCAAUCGUACCGAAAUGCCCACCGACACGGGAUGAACUGAUCGCUUCCGGCGUGCUGCCGGCAGAUGCGGCACAAGACAUGACAACCAGCGCUGUCGAUCCGGAAGCCCUGUUUGAUGAGCUGUUCGAAGUUGACAUCGACUAUCUGAAGAGUUUGGACCCCAAGGAUUGGAAAAAUCAGGACCAUUACGCAGUGCUUGGACUGAAAAAGAUGAGAUUUGAGGCGACCGAUGACGACAUCAAACGGGCGUACCGCAAGAUAGUGUUGAAGCACCAUCCAGACAAACGAAAAGCGCUGGGCGAAAAUGUAAAGCAGGACGAUGAUUAUUUUCAUUGCAUCACGAUGGCGUACGAAACGCUUGGCACCCUGAAGAACCGUCGUGCCUUCGACUCUAUCGAUCCCGAAUUUGAUGAUGCGCUUCCGUCCCAGUCCGAGGUGGAAAAGGAUUUCUUCGGCUCGCUCCGGGACGUGUUCAGACGCAAUGCACGUUGGAACGAAUCACGGAAAUCAGCACCCCAGCUGGGCGACGAUAAUACGUCCCGCGAGGCGGUGGAACACUUUUACGACUUUUGGUAUAACUUCCAGAGCUGGCGUGAGUUCAGCUAUCUCGAUGAGGAGGAUAAGGAGAAGGGUCAGGAUCGGGAGGAACGCCGUUGGAUCGAGAAACAGAACAAAGCCAUCCGGUUGAAGCGCAAGAAGGAAGAAUCCGCUCGGAUCCGUUCGCUGGUGGAUUUAGCGUACAAUAACGAUCCACGCGUUGUCCGAUUCAAGCGAGAGGAAAAGGAACGCAAACUGGCCGCUAAGCGGGCAAAACAGACCGCCUACCAGGUGCAAAAGGCGGAGGAGGAACGUGCGGCUAAGGAAGCGGCAGAAGCAAAACAGCGUGCCGACGAGGCAGAACAGAAGCGCAUCGAGCAGAUACAGAUCGAGCGUGAGCGGACAAAGCGUAUACUGAAGAAGGAGCGCAAACUGUUCCGCGAUACAGCCAAGGGCAAGGAUUAUUUUGCGACGAACGAGAAGGAACGGUUGAAGCAUCUGGAAGGCGUGGAGAAGCUGAUCGAUUCGUUCAAGCUGCUCGAGCUGCAAGAUUUCAACAAGGAGCUAGCGACGGGCGGACGGGACGUUUUUGUUAAAGCGCUCAACGAGCUGGAGGCUAAGCGUGAGCAGGAACGAGUCGUCGCCCAGCAGACGGCACAGAUACCGAACAAUGCAGGACUGAAAGUGGUCAAUCGGAAGGCCAUGUGGACACACGAUAACGUGCAGUUGCUGAUAAAGGCCGUGAAUAUAUUCCCGGCCGGAACGAUUUCCCGUUGGGAGGUGAUAGCGAACUAUCUGAACCAGCACGGCACGGAACUGGGCGAUAUGCGGUUCUACGCGAAGGACGCCCUGAACAAGGCAAAGGAACUGCAGGCAGGUGAUUUCUCCAAGAGUGACCUUAAGACGGUGGUUAACCAACAGGCGUACGAAUCGUUCGAACGCAGCAAAAAGGAUCUCAAGAUAAUCGACAAUUCGGAGAUCAGCAUGAAGGAGGCAACCGAGGCAGCAGCGGCCAAGGAGAAGGGACAACAUGAAAGUAAACCUAAGCCGGCGGUAGAGAAGAAAUCGGUCGCCGCUUCACCGAUGGUAAAUGGCGGACCGAAGGGCCAUGUAGCGGUGGAAGAAAAUGGUGCCGCUGCCGAGGGCAAGGAAAAUCGCAACAAGCAACCGAAGCAGGCUGUGAAACAGGAUCAACCGCUGGUGAACGGAACGACGACGGAGGAUAGCAAUAAUAAACUUAAUAGUACUGCCCCGGUGACUGGUGAAGGGAAAACGAAACCCGCCGGCGGUGGUACGGCCGCCAAAAAGGAGAAGGAUGCGAAUCGGGUCUGGAGCAAGGAGGAACAGGCCCUGCUUGAGCAAGCCAUCAAGACGUACCCGGUGUCGUGCGGUCCGGAUCGCUGGGACAGGAUAGCGGAGUGUAUACCGAAUCGGACGAAAAAGGAUUGCAUGCGGCGAGUGAAGGAGCUGGUCGAUCUGGUCAACGCCAAGCGUGAGGCGCAGCAGAGUGUAAAGUAGAGGUGGGACCGGCGAGCUGGAUGAGGCUUGUAUAACAUCUUCCCGCAUCCUGCACCGUGUCGGACAACACCUGUGUACAUAAUGCUACCUUUUGGAACUUAUUAUAGCAGAACUAACACACAUCCACAUAUGUACCAGAGCACACACACCCCGCCAGACAAAAAUACAACUAUUCUUUAUUACAAUACAAUUGCGACCAACAGAACGCCUCAAGAAAUUUGCAGACAAUGAUCGAUUAAAAUACGAGAACAAAUCUCCAAAACUUUUUUUUCUACAGUCGUGUAGUGAGGAGUUGCUUUCGAAGGAAAUGGCAGGGAGGGAAAGCUAGGGCGGAACGUAUAACCUUUUUCUUGUUAUUUGCUGAACCUUGUACUUCUU